GCGAACGGCUUUCUCGGUGAUAAAUACGUUUGUAUGCCGGCUCGGUAGAACUUUAAAAAUACCAAACUAUCACUGAAAAUUACACUGGAUAAUAUUUUAAUAGCAUUGAUCAGAUUGUCACUAUUAUUAUGUGUAUAUUAAGGAACCUUAACAGGAAUUUAAAAGAUCCAAACGCUAAAAAAAUCUUAAAGUUUGUGAGCGUACUUUGCGCAUCUAGUUUACCGUUUAUCUUCACUUUAAAUGGUGAUUUCGUUUUCGACGAUUCGGAAGCUAUUAUCAAAAAUGAAGCCGUGAUAUCUGAAUCCUGGCUGGAGUCGUUUUACACCGACUUUUGGGGAACAAACAUCACAAGUAAUCUAAGUCAUAAAUCAUACCGACCUCUCACGGUGUGGUCUUUCAGGCUGAACUAUCUAUUGGGCCAGCACAAACUUUCUGCAGUGGAAUUUAAGGCAACAAAUCUUGUCUGCCACGUUAUUAGCUGUCUACUUCUUUGGUUGACGUUAAGGAGUAUUUUAGGAAGAUUAAAACAACACAAAUGCAAAAAAUGCAUAGAUGUUGGUUGGUUAACAACACUGGUGUUUGCAGUGCACCCCGUGCAUGUGGAGGCAGUCAGUGGCGCGGUGGGCCGCGCCGACGUGCUUGCCGCCGUAGCCUUCUUCCUAGCAUUCCUAUUUUACAACCAAGCUAUUUACAAAACAAGACUGCAUUAUUUUUACUUGACAGCCACAAUAUUACUGGCCACAAUGUCCAUGCUUUUUAAAGAAAAUGGCAUCACAGUUCUGGGUGUCUGCCUUUGUUAUGAUUUUAUAAUCAUAUGCAAAGAAGACAACAGUACAAGAUUGAGGAAGAAAAAACAGUUUUAUGAUGAUAUUCAAUUAUUACCUAGUGCAGAGGUAAUCAUAAGAAUCACAGUAAUAGUAUUAUCUAUAAUGCUGCUAUUGUAUGGCAGAUGGAUUAUAAUGGGAGGAGCACCACCAAAUUUUAAACCAACAGACAAUCCUGCAUCCUUCAGUGACAGCAAAAUAACAAAGAUAUUCACAUUCAGUUAUCUGUAUGUGCUAAAUAUCCUUCUGCUGAUUUGGCCACAGUGGCUCUGCUACGACUGGUCAAUGGGAUGUGUGCCUCUUGUAGAGGACAUCUUAGAUUUCAGACUUGUUUUUGUACUGGCAAUGUAUUUGUAUGGGGCAGUUGUUGUGAUAAAAUUCUUCAAAGCAAAAAAUAAGCGAGAUUCAUGGAUUAAAGUAAUGGCUCUGCUAUUACUGGGGCUGCCAUUCUUGCCUGCCGCCAAUGUAUUCUACCCGGUUGGAUUUGUCAUAGCUGAACGAGUCCUGUACAUACCUUCAGCUGGAUAUUGCUUCUAUAUGAUGUUUGGAUUGAAUAAAUUAUGCCAUACCAAACUAGUAGCCAAAAAGAUGGCAUCCAUUCCUUAUUACGCAGUGAGUUUUCUCAUAUGCAUUUUUGCAUUAAAAAGUUAUGAAAGAUCUUAUGACUGGCAAAACGAGCAUGCAUUAUUUCUGAGUGGUGCAGAAGUAUGCCCUUUGAAUGCUAAAGUCCAUUAUAAUGUUGCUAAAGCAGCUGACGCUAAACACCAAUAUGACUUUGCUUUGAUGGAGUAUAAAGAGGCAAUAAGGUUGUAUCCGGAGUAUUACCAAGCCAUGAACAAUCUAGCCAAUUUACUUAAAAACCAAAAGAUGUACUCAGAAGCUGAGUACUAUCUACGAAAAGCUAUUGAACACAAGCACAGUUUCCCGGCAGCAUGGAUGAACCUGGGCAUAGUGCUGGCGAGCACCAGGAGGUACGAUGAGGCGCACGAGGCCUACGCGAAUGCCUUGAGGUACCGCAUCAACUACCCGGAUUGCUUCUACAACUUGGGGAAUCUGUAUCUCGACACAAACAAAUCUGAUCACGCACUAGAAAGUUGGCUGCAUACAAUAAAACUGAAACCUGGACAUAGACUUGCAUGGACUAACAUACUUGCGCUCUUGGAUAACACAGGCCAGUUCGACAGAGCGCUCCAAAUAAUACCCCUCGCUAUCGCGUCGGUCCCUCAGGCGCCUUCGGUCCAUUUUGCUGUCGCGAACAUCUUCGGCAAGAUGGGACGGUACGAAGUGGCCGAAAAACACUUUCUCAAAGCCAUUGAACUAUUUGGCCGAAGAGUACAGGCAAUACAUUAUGCUAACCUAGGCGUACUAUAUCAUCGAUGGAAAAAGUACAGUGAUGCCGAACGAAUGUACAAACGUGCAUUGAAGAUCCAAUCUAAUUUUAAAAGUGCUCAGAAAAAUCUGCAAACCCUGAAACGAUUGAAUUUAAUAACAUAAACUUUUAAUAUUUUAUCGCUUAGCUUAAUUGAUUCU